GUUUUGAGGUAGCGUUGGAGGAGGCGUGGAGUUUGGGGGACGGAGGAGAGUUUUUGCCAUGUGCCCGGAGCAGAGAUCUCUCUUUUUUGGGUUUCGCUUGUGAUGGGUCGGCGGUUUUCGUACGCUCAUUGUCCUGAUUCCCCGACCGAGAUGCCGAAGGAACCCUCAAGUCCAAAAUGGAAGUUAUGGGCCACGGUCGGCGGUUUUGUUGUCACUCUGGUCCUGCUAUUCAUCUUCCUGUGUUUAUUCGUGGUCUGGGAUGUCAAGCUGCAUGAAUGCGAAUUGCGGCAAGGGAACCAUACCUCCUCCGCCGACGGCAGAAUGACAGAAAGUGAUGUGCUUCGGGCACAACUGGCAGCUGUCAAUCAGAGCCUUGCAAACACCACAAAGUAUUGGACCACCUGCCAAGAAGACCUGAAACAUUUGAGGGAAAACACAUCCGUGCUGAACAGGACCGUCAGAGACAAGGAGGAAGCGCUCAAACAGCUGAAUGGAACUAUAACUAAUCUCCAGAAUCAGCUCGCCGAUUUGAGGAAGAGCCAGGAAACGUUGAAGCAGGAAGGAGACAAAAAGGAUAAAGAGAUCCAGCAGUUGAAUGAGAAGCUGAGCGAACGACAGGCAUCUUCCGGCGUAGUCCUUUUCGGGGACCCUAUCACUUCCUUCCUCCUAGUCAUAGCGCCAGGACUCCUCUGCGGUCUCCUGUAG